UGUUCUGCUCAGGGUAUAUAAGCGUUCCCUAAACGUGCUGAUAUUCACACUCAGGACAUUGCCUUGGACAGUAAACCCAAGUCACUAUCUCCGACACCAUGAGCUACUAUGGCGGCUACUAUGGAGGUCUGAGCUAUGGCUGUGGGGGUUUUGGUGGCAUGGGCUAUGGCUACAGCUGUGGAUGUGGCAGCUUCCACAGACUGGGCUAUGGCUGUGGCUAUGAAGACAGGAGAUAUGGCUGUGGCUACAGAGGCUAUGCAGAUGGUUGCUGCUGCCCGUCAUGCUACAGAGGAUAUAGAUUCACCGGCUUCUACUAAGCUGCUGCUCUAGUGAUGCAGCAUCUGUUACCUUGAGGGGAUUUCAAAACAAGUUACUUACUUCUAAGAUACAAUGGGGGUAAAGGUGUAAAUGUGUAAAUGCUCCCAUUCCGAAGGGAGAAAUUGGCCAAAACAAAGGGGCUAUAGACCCCAAACAAGUCCAAAACCCAGCAGGGCAGUCAUUAAAUAUUACAGCUUCAAGAUAAUCUCCUUUUACUCCAUGUCUCACACCCAGGCCACACUGAUGCAAAGAGCAGACUCCCAAGGCAUUGGGCAGCUCCACUUCUGUAGCUCUGCAGGGUACAGUCCUCCUGGCUGCGUUCACAGGCUUGCAUUGAGAAUCCACAGCUUUU